CUUUGUAUCAUUGCUCCGAAGAUUAGUUUCCUACGCAAUACGAAAAUAUAAAGAGUGACAAAAUGAUUCCAAGUUUUUGGAGAUGGAAUCGCUUCUGCGCUCAGAUUGUAUUUUGUUUUCUCGUCAUGUUCAGCGUAAUUUCAAGUGCGCGGGUCUACCGGCAAUUAGCAGAUCAAAAGAAAGAAUUGGUAAUGCAAUCCCUACGACUGUCAUCAGGAUAUAACAUGCCCACCGUGGGGUUAGGAUCAUGGCAGGCAAAACCAGAGGAAAUAGAAUCCUCGGUACUUGCUGCUUUAGCCAAUGGAUACAGACACAUUGACACGGCGUUUAAUUACAGAAACGAAGAUGCAAUUGGUCGAAGUUUAAAAAAAUGGUUAAAAGAAGGAGGAAAACGUGAAGAAAUAUUCAUUACUUCUAAGUUGCCAAAUUAUGGAAAUAGACCAGCCGAUGUGGAAAGAUUCGCUAAAAUAUCCUUAGAAAGUCUCGGUCUAGAAUAUCUCGACAUGUAUUUAAUUCAUAUGCCCUUUGCAUUUGUCCUUAAUGAAACAGAUUUGUCCCCAGCAGUCAAAGAAAAUGGUGAUUUUUUGUUAGACACAUCUAGCAAUCCAGUAGCAGUGUGGAAGGAAAUGGAAAAAUUGGUGGAGAAAGGACUAACGAAAUCGAUUGGACUGAGUAAUUUUAACGAAAAUCAAAUUAUGGAGAUUAUGAACAACGCGAAAAUAAAACCAAGCAAUCUACAGGUGGAAUUACACGCCUACAAUCAACAGAGACCAUUGAGGGAAUUUUGUAAAUUACACAAUAUCACGAUAACAGCGUACAGUCCUCUGGGUUCGCCCGGAGCAAAGGAACAUUUUAAAAAUAAAUACAAUUACAAUGCGGAAAAAUUUCCCGAUCUCCUUGGACAUCCAGUGGUGAAAACAAUAGCCGAUAAAUACAAAAAAUCAACAGCACAAAUACUCCUACGACAUAUGAUACAAGAGGGUCUAAUUGUCAUACCAAAAAGUUCGAAUCCAGAACGAAUUAAGGCGAAUAUUGAUUUAUUCGAUUUUAAUUUAACCGACGAGGAACUUAAGCAACUCGAUAAUUUGGAUCGUGGCACUAAGGGACGAAUUUUUUCAUUCCUCUUCUUCCGUGGGGUCGAAAAUCAUCCGUACUAUCCGUUCAAGGAUGAAUUAGAACAAUGAUAGGACAGGAAUUUCAACGAAUAUAUCUAUGAAAAAAAGAGCAUUCCUUACCUUGUUUUUUUUAAAAGAGUCUGAAUAACAUUUUACGUUGC